AUGAACAGGGAAGAUGCGGAGGUGCUCCUGGAGCAGGUGCAGGCGGAGUUUCUGGACCAAUGUCUGGAUGUCAAUGCUGUUGCCGGCGAUGCCAGCCGCGAUACUGUGGCUAUGUCGAGAUGGUUUGAGGAACGUGGAAUCCCGCAAGAGAGGAUUGUGGCCGCAUUUCAGAGGUUGGAGCACCGGCAGGCGACAAGGGGCUCCCCUUCGCAGGUUCAGCAAGCGGACGGCCACCAUGACAGGGCCGCUAGGGCAGCAGCAGCAGAGGCAGAGACCGAAGCUUCUUGGUCGCCUAGUGAGUCAACGGGCGUUGCCGGCGCAGAGAGCGAAGCUCUGAAUCUUCGCAGCCUACUAUUCCACAUUGCCGAAGACCAGGCGAGAAGAGAUGGCUACAUCCAUCGCGGUGUCACCUGCAACAGCUGUCACACGAAGCCGAUCCGUGGAGUACGCUGGAGGUGCGCAAAUUGCCUCGACUUCGACCUGUGCACAGAUUGCGAAGCCACCGAUCGCUUGCACCCAAAGACUCACAUCUUCUACAAAGUCAAGAUCCCGGCUCCAUAUCUUGGAAGUCCAAGGCAAGGUCAAGAGGUGCUAUAUCCUGGCAAACCGGAAAAGAUGCCUCAUCAAGCUCCGUGGAAUCUCAAGUCCGCUCUUUCAAAAGGACUCAACUACGACCUUUCUGAGUUUGACGCCUUGUGGGAUCAAUUUACUUGCCUCGCCAACGCUAAGUUCGAGCACGAUCCAAACCACAUCGGAUGGGCCAUAGAUCGGAGAGCAUUCGACAAAACGUUCGUGCCGCAUUACUCAACGCAUGCUCCUCCGCCCAACCUGAUUUACGACCGUCUCUUUGCGUUCUACGAUUCCGAUGGAAACGGUCUCAUAGGGUUCGAAGAGUUUAUGAGGGGCUUGGCGUGCGUGCACAGCAAGACGUCGGAGUCCCGCUUGAAAGAGGUGUUUAAUGGCUAUGACAUUGAUGCCGACGGUUUCGUCUCCAGAAAGGACUUUCUGCGAAUGUUCAGAGCUUAUUACGCAAUCACGAAAGACAUCACGCGAGACUUUAUUGCCGUGCAGGAAGAGGAACUUGCUGCUGCCGGGGCGCUCGACACGAUUAUGUCGGCUCAACCGCUCAGCUCAGCAUUUACGGACCACCCUAUCAUUCCAAGCCAGCAUGACAGUACUUGGAGCAAGAGGCCAGACGCAUUUGGUGACCUGCGACCUACAGAUGCAUCGGACACCGUUGUUCGCUCUGACGGAAAAGACGAGGGCGAUCGCGGAACGAUCAUCGCGAACGCUAAGCAAUAUCAUGAGGAUCACUCCAUUGGGGACGACGGUAACCCGGUUGGAUGGGCGCCGGAGCUCCGCCGCGACGUAGUAAGAGAGCGAUGGCGCAGACGUGAUUUCUACCUGGACGAGGCGGGAAAUCUCGACCGCUCUGACGAGUUGGAGCCAUUGGCUGACAAUGAAGACGUUGACCGGGACUCCGGCGUAGCAGAGCCGGCUAGCUCUGAUCUGCGCAGCGCUCUUACUCGGCGGCAAUCUAGUGGCUCCCAAACUGCGCUUUCAAGAUCAUCCUCGCGCGUCCGCUUCCAAGAUCACCUAGAGUUUGACAACAACUCCACUGUUUCGACAUCUUCGCGCCCUGUCGGAGAGCGGUGGGGUGGUUAUGAAAUCCCCCAACCAGAAAAGGACCUCGGUCGCGAGGUUUUGUAUCAAGUCACUCAGGAGGCUUUCAACGAGAUGCUAGAUCCGAUUUUCAAGGCGGCGGAAGACCUUGCGAUCGAAAUCGAGUCCACUAAGCAGGAACGUAAGCGAUGGGCAGAGCGCAUCGCUGAAAUUGCCAGGAAGCAACAGGUCGCGCAACGGCACUCGGAGGCGGCGGUCAAAGAUCCGCUUCUUGCCAUGGCAGCAGCUGCUGAGAAGGAUUUAUCCGAUGCACCACUUGGCACAGCUGGCCCAGCCCCUCCAGCUCUCAAUGGGAACGUCUCUGCUCAACAGUCAUCCGAGUCACAGCUAUCGGUCGACCGGUACCUUAAUGGGAGGACCACGAUGACAGGUUUGAUGCAAUCCGCCCACGCUCUGGCUGCUCAAGGCGUGGCGGACGCCGAAGACCAGACGAACGAGGACUCCUCAUUUCUCGGUCCCGAGAUACUGGAGAAGCCACUUGGGCAGCUCUUGGACGAGUUCGGCUGCACUGUGGCUGACGACCGCUCUGCUUCACCACGGCUGGACGAAACUACUUUGGUGCCUUCGUUCGUCUUAGAAGACCCUACAUGGGGCCCACCUCCACCUCCACAGGGUUUUUGGCCGUCUACACUGGACCGUGACCCGACUUUACCUCAAAACAUGCCCAGCGGCCUCCCCUUCAAACCGCACGGCGACCUCAGCGCCAACCACUGUAAGCCGUGGGAUUUCAACACUCCAGAGCUACCCAUCCGCAUACUCGAAUUCCCCACCACAGCCAGACACGCCCCUAUGGCGAUCCAGAACCGCAGCUACCAACGGAGCCUCAUGAAUCGUAUCCGGGCCCUUGCAGUUCUUGCUAACGUGGACGCGAUCACGUCCUCGCCUCUGACGAGCAGAGACCGUGAGAUAUGGCCAACUAAGCUCAGUGAGCAGGAUGUUUCGCGCCCGCAGGACUUGAUGCCCUACUUCUACCCCAUAAGUGCCGAGCAGCUCCGCUUCGUCUUUGAAACACUGGAUUUCCCCGGCCCGGCCGUUCAGGCGCUCCGCCGUGGAGUCGAAGGCGGCUAUGCCCAGUCGCUGGACCUUGAGAUCGCGGCAUUUCGCCGCCGGAACGUCCUCGAUACGCCACCGACCGAGGCGCGACUAAAGCGACUUGCCUUUCUUGACAAGGCGGAGGAGGAAAUCAAGAAACGGGGCGGCAGAGGCGGGAGGCUGAACUUCGAAGAAUUUGGGCACGCUGUCGAGGCCGCGGAUGGCCGUCUAGGGUUCGUGGAAAGCUGGCUGGACAUGGGUAGUUUCUAG